AUGCCAGAGCCCGCUAAGUCGGCGCCCGCCCCGAAGAAGGGCUCCAAGAAGGCCGUGACCAAGGCGCAGAAGAAGGACGGCAAGAAGCGCAAGCGCAGCCGCAAGGAGAGCUAUUCGGUGUACGUGUACAAGGUGCUGAAGCAGGUCCACCCCGACACCGGCAUCUCUUCCAAGGCCAUGGGCAUCAUGAACUCGUUCGUCAACGACAUCUUCGAGCGCAUCGCGGGCGAGGCGUCGCGCCUGGCGCAUUACAACAAGCGCUCGACCAUCACGUCCCGGGAGAUCCAGACGGCCGUGCGCCUGCUGCUGCCCGGGGAGCUGGCCAAGCACGCCGUGUCCGAGGGCACCAAGGCCGUCACCAAGUACACCAGUUCCAAGUGAGCUCUCCGACCUCAC